UUUAAGUAAGGCAAUUACAGCGGAAGUCCGUUAACGUGACGGCAAAAUUUGACAUUACAAAUCUACUUUACGUAAACAUUACAAUAACAUUUCACUUGUUUUAAUUAUAUUUAAAAUAAUUAUAUCUACGUAAUCCGGUUCAAAGAUUAUUAAAGAAGAAAAUUUAGACGAAACUUAAAAAUAAUACACACAUUGCGUCAUAUUCUAUUGCAGUUUGAGACUGUUUAUCUCUGGCGUCUUUGAAUAUCUCUCGCGUAUUGAUAUCUUUACAUUAAUACAUCAAAAGACUAAUUUGACAAUUGGAAAAAAAGAAACUUUAGUAAGUAGUGAAUAUAUGUAUACAAAUGAUUAGAAAAUAAAAAAUUGUUGUUUUUAUCUAUUACACAUAACCUUAAAUCGGCAUCCAGAGUAUUAUUUUAUUGUCAAUAAUAUAGUUGCAGUGAAACUGAUAAUAAUGGCUUUUGAAAAAUCGUGGGAUAUUAUUAAACAAACCGCUGAUAAGAAUAAACAUCAAUUAGUUCUAACAGGUCAAUCGAUUUCUCAAUUGAUCGCUGAAAAUGGUCUAGAUAAGACGCUUUUUGAUCUUGAGAACUUAAAUUAUUUAAACAUAAACAAUACAUGUCUUCAAGAAAUACCUGAAGAAAUUGAAAAGUUACAAAAUCUUACUGCAUUGAUAUUAUAUUCUAAUAAGAUUGAUAAACUUCCUGCGUCAAUUGAAAAAUUAACCAAAUUGAAAUUUCUUCAUUGUUCGCAAAAUAAACUGACUUCUCUACCAGAUGCGAUUGGAAAUUUUCCUCAAUUGAGCAGCCUUAACUUUGGCACAAAUUUAUUACAAUCGAUACCAUGUCAAAUAAAAAAUCUUAAAUUGACUACCUUAGAUUUGUCUAAUAAUAAUCUACAAGUGUUUCCUGAUGUAUGUUAUACCGAAUUGAUUCAUCUUUGUGAAAUCUAUGUAAAUAUGAAUCAGAUAAAAGAUAUUCCUGAGCAAAUAUCUCGUUUGCAAGUUUUAAGAGUUUUAAACAUAGCUGAUAAUCUGCUUACAGCUGUUCCUGGUGAACUAGCAGAUUGUCAUAAAUUGAAAGAAUUGAAUCUAAAAAACAAUUAUCUGGCAGAUAAAAGAUUAUUAAAAUUAGUUUAUCAGUGUCAUUCAAAGCAAGUACUUGAAUAUAUAAAGCAACAUUGUCCGAAACAAAAUCCUACUGCUGUUGACAUUACAAGUAAAUCAAAAAAAGGGAAAAAAGGACAUAAAUUGUCUGAAAAUGAAAAUACUACAGCACAGAUAGAUGCUUUGGCGCAUAAAUUAAAAAUAUUGAGAACAUCAGAUAGUACUUUAUCAAUAAAAUUCACAGAACAUGUAAAAAAUGUUAGACCUUACAUAAUAGCAUGUAUUGUAAAAAAUUUAGUGUUCACAGAGGACACAUUUAAAAAAUUUAUACAAUUACAAACAAAAUUACAUGAUGGAAAAUGUGGAAAAAGAAAUAUUGCUACAAUAGCCACUCAUGAUUUAAAUGCAAUUGUACCAGGUGAUUUAACAUAUACAGCAAAGCCACCUUUGGAAUUAGAAAUUAAACCAUUAAUGAGAAAUAAAACUUACACUGGAACAGAAUUAUUCCAGCAAUUACAAAAAGAGGCUGAUAAUUUGCGUAAAGAAAAAAAGAGAAGUGUAUAUUCUAGUAUACAUAAAUAUUUGUAUUUACUUGAAGGUAAAGCACUUUUUCCGUGUCUUGUAGACAAUCAAGAACAAGUUAUAUCUUUUCCACCAAUUACUAAUAGUGAUUUAACAAAGAUGUCACCAACUACAAAAGAUAUGUUAAUAGAAGUAACAAGUGCUAUAUCAUAUCAAGCUUGCAGAAAUGUACUGGAUGAACUUUUAAAAGAAUUAGUUACCACAGGCAUUGGUUGUGCACCUUCAGAUAAUGAAAAUAAUUUAUACUAUAGUUUACAAAUAGAGCAAGUUAAAGUAGUUGACAUAGAAGGUAAUCUAAAACUUGUAUAUCCCUCAAGAGCAGAUUUAAAUUUUAAAGAAGAUAAUAUUAUUGCUUUACGAUAUUAAUAUAUUACAUUUUAUUAUUAUUGUCUAUAUAACAUGACAACUCUCUUUGUUACUGAUCUAAGAUAUAAAAAAUCUGUUAUUUUAAGUUGUAGGUUUUGAAGCACAAAUUCAUUAUUAUUAUUACUUUUACUAAGCAACCUUCAAUUUAAUAAUAGAAAAGAUUCUUACAUGAAUGAUGUAAAAAGUAGUUUGUUUGAUUAUAUGUAUUUGUGUAUAAGAUGUGUUAAUAAGAUGUGUUUAUAAGAAACUAUCACUUACAAGAUAUAUUCAUUUAACUAAGAAA